AUGCCUGUAUUUUUCACCCCGAUACCCCAGAAUCUCAGGACGGGAUUGGUACAUGCUAGCAAUGUGGUGUUUUUUAAUAACAGGACGAGGGACAGUGCUGAUCUGGGGGAACAUGGUGCUGAGUAUGAAGUUCGCAGUGAGGUUUCGUCUCACCUGCCUCUGCAGAUGCUGCUUUACUUCAGCAUGUUCUUCUUCCCUUUUUGGUGGAUCUCUGAGGUCAUCAUGCUGGAUUUAAAGUUCACCCUGUUGCCUGGCUACUACCAGUAUCUGAUGGUGGGAGGAAUGGUGAUACUAACCACACUCGAGGUGAUCCGUGUGUAUCUGGGCUACUUUGGGAACCUGAAAGAAAAGGUCCCUGAACUGGCCGGAUUCUGGCUGGUCUCAUCCUUCUUCCAGCUGCCCAUCAUGCUUUUCUUCGUCUCUGAUGAAGGUCUGGUGAUCCUUCCUCUGGAGCGAGUGGUGCACUCGGUGUAUCUGUGCUUCCUUCUGGGUGAAAUGUUCACGUCAUUCGUGGCACUGAAGAUCAUGACGAGGAAACUGGAGCAGCGGUUUCACCUCAGGGAGUUUAAAUGUGGAGACACGAUGGUCUCUGUGACCGGUAUAUCUUACAUGAACAGAAGUGUGGUGCCUAUAAUAGCAGCCAGAGGCAUCAAACCACACUGA